GUGUGUGUGCGUGUGUGUGAGACAGAAAGAGGGAGUCUUCUCUCACCCACACAGUGAAAAAAAAGACAAAUGAAUAGGCACUGUUUUUGGUUAACUUGAAAUAUGAAUCUGGAUCUCCUGUAGUAAACAACCUCAGGGAAACCUUUAUGAAGAUCUGUAUUCCUUUCCUUUCCCUCUUCCUUUAUACGGUUAAACGCUGUCCAGAUGCUUAAGCUCGAUUUGACACACAAAAAUGGCUCUAAUGCCCAUGCAGCCCACAGAUAGAUAGAUUCUAUGAUAAGGCAUAGACUGUCUGCAUUGAAUAUGCAUUCCAGUCAUAGAGUUUAGAAUGAUAGGCCAAUAGUUCUUGCAUCGUGGGAAACAUUAAGACUUAAAGGUCGUUGUAGUCAUAGCUCCUCUUGAAUAUAUUUCAAUGUGCUGGACUUUAAAUUGCAUUCAGAGGUGAAAUGUUAGGGGAAUUCAUAGUCGCUAAGGGGAAGCUACUGGCUGCAUCUAGCCUUUUGAAAAUGUUUUUCUGUUCUUCCAUGGUGAGAGCUUUGCGCCCAAAUUCUAGGUUAGGGUCCAAAAAGGUAUAUUUUUUAGAAUGAUACGAGAGAGAUCGCUGGGUCUUUCUAAAUUACGACGGCUGAAAUCACAGUCUGCUUCCAUUGGAGAUCGGUCUGCUGGACAUACCAGUUACUCAAAUACAUAGAAACGAUUCUUAUUAUUUUGUAAGGGCAUACUUUUAACAACGGCCAACGGUUUUAUUAUAGUCAGACGUCAUAUCUUCCUUUUUUUGAUCAUCGCAGUUAUGUCUUCCGAGCCCAACUUUCCUCUUCACUCUUUGCAAACGUCGCUCCGCCUCUCUCUCUCUCUCUCUCUCUUUCUCUGACUUUGGGGACUGAGCAUCGCUCCUUCACUCACUGAGACAGUUUAUCCCUGUGCUAUGCAGAGCGAAUGAACGCGCGCACGUACCAUGUAGCAGUUGUAAAUUCUAUCCGAUUUUGACAGCAACAAUGGACCAGUUGCAGCUUCUGCUUAUGCUCCAUCACGACAAACUUUUAACCCAGUGAGAGGAUUUUUUUUUUUUUUAUCACAACCGAUCCCAGCCGCUUGGAUUCCUCCGUAUUAAUGAGCAAAGAAACAGCGCUGAAAUCCUUGCACGUUCCAUUACGUACUCGCGGGAGUUGGCUAUUUUGAUUCUGUACGUUACCGCGCUCACUUUCUGUGAGUUCUAUGUGGAUACUUUUCCAGAAACGAUGGGAGAUUCUGUUUUUUUCGAGAGGCGGAUUUCCUACCUUGGUGACUUCACCUGGAACAGUCUGUCGGGGCGCAGCGUGCGUCUGAAGCCCGUGGCGGUGCAGAGCCUGUCGGAGCUGGAGCGUGUGCGCCUGCAGGAGGUGGCGUAUGCCCGGCUCCACCAGGACUAUGACCUGGGCUGCCAAAUCACCAUUCCCAAAGAUGGACAGAAGAGGAAGAAGUCACUGCGGAGAAAGUUGGACUCGCUAGCCAAAGAGAAGAACAAAGACAAAGAGUGCGCGCCCCAGGCCUUUGGCAUCCCUCUGUCUCAGGUGAUCGCCAACGACCGCGCCCAUCGGCAGCGGCAGGACUGCCACCGGCAGGAGACGGCGCCGCGCGAGGAUCACCGUGACACCAGCGACCUGGUCUCAUCCAUCCUGCAGUUCGCCACCAAGCGGCCCUCCACCAAAGAGCUCUCCAGCAGCAACUCCUCGCUCAGCUCCACGUCGGAGACGGCCAACGAGUCGUCGCCCAACACGCCUGAGGCUGCGCCGCGGGCACGCAGGAGGGGGGCCAUGUCGGUGGACUCCAUCACAGACCUGGACGACAACCAGUCCCGGCUGCUGGAGGCCCUGCAGCUCUCUCUGCCCGCCGAGACGCCCAGCAAGAAGGAGAAGCACCGGGACAAGCGCCUGAGCCUGAACCCCAUCUACAGACAGGUGCCUCGCGUGGUGGACUGCUGCUGCCAGCACCUGGAGAAGUAUGGUCUUCAGACUGUUGGGAUUUUCCGGGUUGGCAGCUCAAAGAAACGAGUGAGGCAGCUGCGUGAGGAGUUUGACCGUGGCGUGGAGGUGCAGAUGGAGGAGGAGCAAAGUGUUCAUGAUGUGGCUGCGCUCCUCAAGGAGUUCCUCAGGGACAUGCCUGAUCCACUGCUGACCAAGGAGCUCUACACCGCCUUCAUCAACACCAUGUUGCUGGAGCCGGAGGACCAGCAGAUCUGCACGCAGCUGCUGGUGUACCUGCUCCCCCCCUGCAACAGUGACACGCUCCACCGCCUGCUGGACUUCCUGUCCACCGUGGCCCGUCACGCUCACGACACGCAGGACAAAGACGGCCAAGAGGUAACCGGGAACAAGAUGACCUCGUUGAACCUGGCCACCAUCUUUGGACCAAACCUGCUGCACAAGCAGAAGAGCUCCGACAAGGAGUUCAGCGUCCAGAGCUCCGCGCGGGCCGAGGAGUCCACGGCCGUCAUCGCCGUCGUCCAGCGCAUGAUCGACACCUUCGACGCUCUCUUCAUGGUACCACCGGACCUGCAGAAUGAGGUUCUGAUGAGUCUGCUGGAUACGGACCCUGAUGUGGUGGACUACCUGCUGCGGCGGAAGGCAUCGCAGAGUCCUGACCUGCUGCGCUCCGACGCCCCCUUCUCCCUCAGCGAGCGGCGCUCCUCCAGCGACUCCAACAAGGUGUCGAGUGGUGAGCUCUCGCCCUACGACAACAACUCGCCCGUGCUGUGUGAGCGGAGAGGAGCCGACGGAGCGGGCGUUGGCGGCGGCGGCAGCUGCGGGGGGUCGGCUGGGCCCGAACGGCUCUUCCGGGUGCCGGAGCAGUAUGCGCUGGUGGGUCAGGUGCCCGCCAGGACCAGGGAGGGCAGCAGCAGCGGCAGCAGCAGCAUGUGGUCGCCCACUAAAGAACUACCUGAAGAGCAAGUCAACAUCUGGGGCGCCUGGCACUCUACGCUCAAACCUGGCCUGAAGGAUCAAGCAUAUAUGGGUUCCCAUGGCAACGUCUCGGAGGGGAGUUCCCGCAGCUCUCAGGAGGGCAUUGACAGUCACCAGGGCGACGGGCAGCAGAUGCGGCGGCGGGCACAGACACACACGGCGGCGGCGAGCCCUCAGCCUCACCCGCUGGCAUCGCGCUCCUGCAGCACCCCCCACUCGGCGUCCAGCAGCUCCGAGGACCUGCCCAUGGGCAGCUGCCACGCCAACCAGCACCACAGCCCCUUCACCAAGCUGGCCAACAAGAACGACCCCCGGCCCCCUCCCCCGGUGUACUGUGGGCACUCGGCGACGGGCAGCACGUCAGCCCCGGCUCUCUCUCGCCCCCCGCAGGGUGGGAGGUCGGGUGUGCAGAACUCCACAGUGCCAGCGGGCACAGGGCCCACCAGUUCAGACUGGCAAGACUGGCAAAGGGACCGCUGGCACAUCUGGCAGCUCCUGUCCUCAGACAAUGCUGACACACUGCCCGAGACGCUAGUGUGAGAAACACACACUCACACACACACACACAGACACACACACUCACAUUCACACGCUCACACACGACCAUAAACUCACUCUCGCUGCCUCACCAGUGCCAACCGACCGUCAGCGUGUGCCAGCCCUAACGGUGUUUUUUUUUUUGCGCUGUCAUCUCGUGAUGUUGCUAUGGCGUCACCUUUGUGUUGCCGCAGUGCCCUCUGAAAGCUUGCAUGGUGUGCUAAGUGUUGCCAUGGUUUUUGCUGACGCCUUGCCCAUGAUGCAUCAUUGCUGCCUGGGUGCAUCAGCCACUGCACCAAAUGGAGCAGCUCUAAAUGUUCAACGUAAUCCAGGAGUUUUCAAACGACAGCUUCUUGCAGCAUUGACAUACAUAACCUGUCACAAAUCUUUGUCACACUAGUGAAUGUGUUUUGUGUGAUGUGGCUUCAUUGAAGGGUGUUGCCCUGUCUAGUCAGAUUUACCCACCGCUAAAACCCCUGACACAGGUACCUCAAUACAACCACUCUUAUUCUUCAUGACUUUU